AUGAGACGUGCAAAAGUAUUUUCUGGUUCUUCACACCCCGAACUUGCGGAAUUUAUAUGCGAAAAGUUAGGAAUACCUCCAGCUCCUGUUACGUUAAAGAAAUUUAGUAAUCAAGAAACUUCUGUUGAAAUUGGGUGCUCCGUUCGUAAUGAGGAUGUUUACAUUAUUCAAUCCGGUUCAAAUAAUGUUAAUGACCAUCUUAUGGAAUUAUUAAUUAUGAUUUCAGCAUGCAAAGGCUCAUCAGCAAGUCGAAUUACUGUGGUGGCCAAUUUGCUUUCGGUCGCUGGUGUAGAUCAUAUUAUCACGAUGGAUCUUCACGCGUCACAAAUGCAGGGCUUUUUCAAUAAGCCAGUUGAUAAUUUAUACGCUGAACCAAGUAUUGCUAAAUGGAUUCAAGAUUCUGUUCCUGAAUACAUUAAUGGCGUAGUCGUUAGUAAAAAUGCUGGCGGUGCAAAAAGAGUAACGUCUCUUGCCGAUCGUCUUAAAAUUGAUUUUGCGCUUAUUCAUACUGAUUGUACACGAGCUAAUCUUAUUACAUCAAUUGUUGACGAAAAACUCAAUGAUGAAAAUGACGAAGAAGUUACAUUAUCAAAAGAUGCACUUUCAGUAGAUGAAGAAACUAGUAGUACUAUAACACUUGUAGGCGAUGUUGCUGGAAAAGUUGUCUUUAUAGUCGAUGAUAUGGUCGACAAAUCAGGUUCGUUUAUAGCAGCCGCAGAACAUUUGAUGAAAAAGUGUAACGCAAAACGUGUUUACGUAAUUGCUACUCAUGGAAUUUUAAGUGGUGAUAGCAUCAAAGAGAUAGAGCGUUGCAAGAGCAUACAUCAGCUGGUGAUUACAAAUACUUUUCCAAUUCCACAUGAGAAAAGAUGUCAAAGUACAAAGAUUGUAAUAAUUGAUGUUUCCGCUACAUUAGCUGAAGCAAUUCGAAGAACUCAUAAUGGCGAAAGCAUUAGUUAUUUAUUUUAUACUGCAUUAUAA